AUGGCACUGGCCGACACAGAGCGCGCAGUGUCCAAUUGCGGCGACUCGAGCUCCCCAUUUUCAGAGAUAAUUGAGCUCAAUGUCGGCGGACAGGUCUACGUAACCAGACACAAAACUCUCAUCGCCGUCCCAGACUCACUACUGUGGAACAUGUUCAACAAGAAGACACCCAAGGAGCUGGCGAGAGACAGCAAGGGGCGCUUCUUCCUGGACAGGGACGGCUUCUUAUUCCGCUACAUCCUAGAUUAUCUCCGGGACCUGAACUUGGUCCUCCCGGACUACUUCCCUGAGAAAAGCCGACUGCAGAGGGAGGCUGACUUUUUCCAACUGCGGGACCUUGCCAAACGCCUCAGCCCCCGGAUGAGUAAGGACAACUCAAUCAGCGAAGAGAUCAGCCAGAGUGACACGGAGGAAGGUGCGCUGCAGUGCGGCUCCUCUGGCGCCAUGGAGACUUUACGCACAGUGUCAGUCAGCGGGGCCAUGCGCUCCCCCUCUCUUGACUCCAGGAAGUCGGGCUAUAUCACGAUAGGAUACCGCGGCUCGUACACCAUUGGCAGAGACAUCCAAACCGACGCCAAAUUCAGAAGAGUGGCGCGAAUCACAGUUUGUGGGAAGACGUCCCUGGCCAAAGAAGUGUUUGGGGACACACUAAACGAGAGCAGAGACCCGGACCGCCCACCUGAGAGAUACACAUCUCGGUACUAUCUGAAGUAUAAUUUUCUAGAGCAAGCAUUUGACAAGCUGACAGAGACGGGCUUCCACAUGGUGGCCUGCAGCUCCACAGGCACCUGUGCCUACACCAGCAAUGAUCCAAACGAAGACAAAAUCUGGACAAGCUAUACUGAAUAUGUCUUCUGCCGGGACUAA